GACGGAGCUUGUAGCCCUAGGGAGCACCGCCCAGGCGCUCAGAUAAAUCACUAACACAACUGCACUGACAGCUUGAGGUUGGCACCGAGUGCCAAAGACACAGCCUGCCACGUUCCAGGAAAAGAAAUCCGAUCUGGUCCAGGCAGACGCGGUGGCGCAAAGUGAAACCCACCUGCGGGGGCGGGAAAGAGCUAUUAGCCUUGAUGGACCCUCCUCCCCGGGCGGGCCCGGAGGCGCCUACCGGCCGCCUCCCUGCGGGAAGAGGUACGGGUGUCUCUGCUUUACAGGUGAGAAAAAUCACUGCUCAGUAGCUUACAGAGCCAUUUAAAGCCUGAUUUGGAAUCCCAAGACCAGUUCCCUAACACCAAGCCCACCCAGAAGCGAGCAGGUCACUCCCGCCCACCACAAAGCACACCUGGCCUACGUUUGGAUGUAGGCACUGCCCACGAAAGGGAACCGAGGGAGCACUGGGAGCCCGGGUGGGGGUGGGGAGGUGCUGUGGCCAAAUCCUGAGCCCAGUGACCGGCCGGGAUCUUCCGGACUCACUGAGCCGGGCCCUGCAGCCGGCGCCCGCCCUGAUUGGCGCUCACCUGCCACUCCCAGCCAAUCCGGGCCUCCAGAAUUGGGGCUGCCAGCGCGGGAGGGGGGAUGCUGCGGGCUCUACCGAGCUGCCCUCCCCGGGAAGUUCCCGUCCGGCCCGCGGCGAUCCCGAGCGGCGUACCCGCCGCCGGCUGCACUCCCCACGCCCCUCGGCGCCCCUCUCGGUGCCCCGGGUGCUUUGAUGCUGCGGCUGUGCGGUACCCGCUCCCGGUCUCCGCUCGCUGGGACGCGCCCCGAAGGUGCCCCCGAGCCGUCUGCGCUCGCGGUGCCCUGCUGUCUCCUGAGGUCCUCCCAGUCUCUGCCGGGCCGGUGAAGAGGGUGGGCCUGGUCCGGGCAGCCCCGCCAAGGCAAGAUGUUCACGUCCAAGUCCAACUCCGUGUCGCCAUCACCGUCCCUGGAACAGACCGACGCGGAUGCGCUGGACAUCAGCACCAAAGUGCAGCUCUACGGGGUUCUGUGGAAGCGGCCGUUCGGAAGAUCGUCGGCCAAGUGGUCCCGGCGGUUUUUCAUCAUCAAAGAAAGCUUUCUGCUUUAUUACUCUGAGAGUGAAAAAAAGAGCUUUGAAACCAACAAAUACUUCAAUAUACAUCCUAAGGGUGUCAUCCCACUGGGUGGCUGCCUGGUAGAGGCCAGAGAAGAGCCCAGUAUGCCCUAUGCCAUGAAGAUCUCACACCAGGACUUCCAUGGGAAUGUCUUGCUGGCUGCUGAAUCUGAGUUUGAGCAGACACAGUGGCUGGAGAUGCUGCAGGAGUCUGGGAAGGUGACCUGGAAGAAUGCCCAGCUGGGAGAAGCCAUGAUCAAAAGCCUGGAGGCCCAGGGGCUGCAGUUAGCUAAGGAAAAACAGGAGUAUUUAGACAAGCUGAUGGAAGAGACAGAAGAACUGUGUCUUCAGAGGGAGCAGCGAGAGGAGCUCGAGCGUCUGAAUCAGGUGCUGGAGGCUGAGAAGCAGCAGUUUGAGGAGGUCGUGCAGGAGCUUAGAGUGGAGCAGGAACAGAUCAAGAGGGAGCUAGAGCUCACUGCAAGAUGUCUGAAGGGUGUAGAACAAGAGAAAAAGGAACUGAGGCAUUUCACAGAAUCCUUGCAGCAGACACUGGAGGAACUCUCCAUAGAGAAGAAGAAAACCCUAGAGAUGCUGGAGGAAGAUAAGAACCAGUCACAGUCACUGGCCAAUCAGAGCAAGCAGCCACCUGCCAGUGAUGAUCUCCAUAGUAACCUGAGGCAGAUAGAGGAGCGAAUGCAGCAGCUUUUGGCAGAGAAACUCCUGGCAGAGAAGCGGAUGAAGGAGAAUGAGGAGCGCUCACGGGCCCUGGAGGAGGAGCGGGAGUUCUACUCAAGCCAGUCCCAAGCCCUACAGAACUCUCUGCAGGAGCUGACGGCAGAGAAGCAGCAGGCUGAGCAGGAGCUCAAGGCUGAAGUGAAGGUGCGUAUGGACCUGGAGAGGCGACUGCGGGAGGCAGAGGCUGCCUUGCGGAGCCUGGAACAAGGGCUUAACUCCAAAGUGCGGAAUAAGGAGAAAGAAGAGAGGAUGCGGGCUGAUGUGAGCCACCUGAAAAGGUUCUUUGAAGAAUGCAUCAGGAAUGCAGAGCUGGAGGCCAAGAUGCCAGUCAUCAUGAAGAACUCCGUGUACAUUCACAAGGCAGCCACUCGUCGCAUCAAGAGCUGCCGUUUCCACCGUCGCAGGUCCAGCACUUCCUGGAAUGACAUGAAGCCAUCCCAGUCCUUCAUGACGUCCCAGCUAGAAGCCAACAACAUAGAGGAGCUGAAGGAGGUGGCCAAGCGGCUCAGCAGAGACCAGCGCUUCCGGGAAUCCAUCUAUCACAUCAUGGCCACCCAGCCUGGGACUUCCUCUGCACUUCCCUGGGGUGGGAAGUGAUGGGUGCUCCUCCUCUGCCUCCCAUCUUUCCUUGGUGAGGCAGCACAGGGAGGCCUGACUCUCCCUGGGUCCUUUCCAUCAGAGCAACAUCUUGGGGAGGGUCACCUUCACUCUCAAGGGACAAGGGUGACACCUCCCUCAGCCACACCUUGAGCCUUGAUCUUGGGUCUACACUAGGUGGUGUGGGUCCAUGCUGGCUGCUACCUGGUUGUCAUGGUGAGGUGAGGAUGAGGCCUGACUGUGUGUGAUGUCUGUUGGUCAGGGAGUUGGGUAGAGAGAGGCUAUCUACUCCGUGUGGGCAGGCCCACUGG